UUGGCGUUUGGGGAGCGUGGUGCGUCGAUCCCUCCGUAAAACGCUCUGCGUCUGUACCACUCGUCGUGUGCCGGGAAGUCUUUGUCGGCGAUUUUCCGCAAUGUGUCGUCGUGUCGCGAUGGUGGUGUGAGUGAUUUUGUGGUGUUUGUGUGUGAAAAUGUGUUGUGGUUGUUCAUAAAAGGCGAGUGGAGUAUUUUCACGUUGGAUAUUGAGCAUUCUUACGAUCUCCUGGGCUGAAUGUCUUCAGAGCAGACUAGUAGUAGCAGUAGUAGUAGUAGUGGUAGCAGUAGUAGUAGUAGCAGUAGUAGUAGUUCUGGUAAUACUUACGAAUAUUUGGUUUUCACUAUUUCUAUUUUACUAUCAACAGCUGGAUAA